UAAAUUAAUAAUUUUAUUUAUGCAUUGCAAUUUAUUGUAUAAUACGUACCUUUGUAAUAUUUUAAAAAGUGGUAAUUAAAUCUUGCUAAUGUGAUACUAUAAUUUUUAAUUGUUAUGGUGUUUGAAAACUUGUAAAAAUAAUGAAUAACCAUAAUGAUAAUGGAGACAUUAAUUGGUACCAUGGAAAAAUAUCCAGGGAUACGGCUGAAAUUAUUCUGUUAGAUCAUGGAAGUAAAGAAGAUGGCUUGUUUUUGGUUCGAGAAAGUAAUUCUGCUUCUGGAGACUAUGUGCUUUGUGUUUUACAAAAUAAUGAAGUAGUACACUAUCAAAUACGAAGGCAUGGCGAAGAUGCAUUUUUUUCUAUAGACGAACAAAAUAUAAUGCAUGGUUUGGAAACUUUGAUUGAACAUUAUUGUAAAAUAAAUGAUCCAAGUUUAGGAGUACAACUGUCUCAGCCUAUUGUCAAAGAUCCUCCACCCCAUGACACCAGAAGACAUGGCCGUACCAAUCUUUUACACAGGGCUAUCACUCAAGCUAAUUGUAAAGUUGUUACUGAAUUGUUGAAAUGUGGGUACCGAAAUUUGGAAGCCAAAAAUCAGGAAGGACAAACUGCAUUACAUUUAGCUAGUCAAAUGGGUCACGACCAAAUUGUGGAGAAACUUAUUUCAUGUGGAGCUAACGUAAAUUGUAGAGAUACAGAAGGGUAUACACCAUUACAUUUUGCUUGUCAGAAUAAUUUAUUAAGUACUGUAAAAAUCCUACUUACAAUUGGUGGUGCUAAUAUUCAAUUAAGAAAUUCAUCUACUGGAUGGGUAGCUUUACAUGAAGCAUCCAGUCGAGGGCAUGCAGAGAUUGUUUCAUUGUUAUUGUCUAUGAAUGCUCCAUCAAGGCCACGUACUUUUGAUGAUGUUUUACCCAUAGACUUAGCACGUUCCAAUGGAUAUACUGAAGUUGAGCGUUUGUUGAAUGAAUUUAUUCCACCUAAGCCAUCUUCAAAAAAAGAACAAUGGUAUCAUGGCAAGCUUGACCGCCAUGAAACUACUGCCCUAUUAAAAUCUAAAGAUGUUGAUGGUUGCUUUUUAGUUAGAAUGAAUAGACAAAAUGGUUAUAUUUUAUCCAUGAUGUGUGGUCAUCAGUGUUAUCAUUUUCAGAUACAAGAUCGUGAGAAAUAUUAUUUCAUUGACAAUGGCCCAUACUUAGAUUCGUUGGAACAUUUAAUACAACAUUACACCCUUUUUCCUGAUGGUUUACCCAACAAGUUGGAAUUACCUGUUAGUCCAGCAGUUAUACCACCCCUUCCAAAAGGAUUUCCUUUUACAUUAAAAAAGCCAAAGCAACAAACUGAAUUUCAAGACAGUAUCUUGAGAGAUAAUUUGAUUUUAGAUGAAGUGAUAGGUGAAGGAGAAUUUGGUUCAGUUUACAAAGGUGUUUAUCAAAAUCGAGAAGGUUUUGAAGAGAAAGUAGCUAUUAAAAUGUUACGAUAUGAUAUGUCAUCAACUAAUAAAUCAGAAUUUUUACGGGAAGCUCAUGUCAUGAUGCGUCUAAACCAUGAAUGUGUUAUAAGACUUAUUGGUAUAUGCGAAGGACCACCUUUGUUAAUGGUACAAGAACUUGUAGCUCUAGGUUCUAUGUUAACAUAUAUCAUCACACAUCCUGAACUUGUGAGUCCAAAUUAUGAAUUAAAAAUGUGGGCUGCUCAAAUAGCAUCAGGUAUGUCCUACCUAGAACAAAAACGAUUUGUGCACAGAGAUUUAGCAGCCAGAAAUAUUCUUUUAGUUGAUAGACACCAAGCAAAAAUUAGUGAUUUUGGUCUUUCACGUACAUUGAAUGUGGAUAAAGAUUAUUAUAGAGCAUCACAUGGUGGAAGAUGGCCAAUUAAAUGGUAUGCACCAGAAUCAUGUAACUACGGAACGUUUUCAAGUGCUAGUGAUGUAUGGAGUUAUGGUAUUACACUGUGGGAAAUGUUCUCAUAUGGACAGCAACCAUAUGAAAAUAUGAAAGGUGUUGAAGUAAUUGGCAUUUUAGAAAAAGGAGAGAGAUUGCUAAGAACGCCAAGAUGUCCAGUAGAAGUAUAUAAAACAAUGGAAAUGUGUUGGGCUUAUGAACCUAAAGAAAGGCCAACUUUCAGUGAACUCUCCAAAAUAUUUGCUUCUGAUUCUGAUUAUGAAAAUUUUAAAGAUUUUAUAAAAAUUUAGUAUUGACUUUCUUGAGAAAAAAAAAAUUAUGUUAAAAUCA